GAAUUACGAAAGAGAACCAUUACUAAAGUCUUUUGCCAGAGAGGGAAGAAAACACUGGAGCAGUGCUGACAGCGGCUCUCAUAUAUUACACUAUGUCUGUGGAUGAUGUGGUGAAGUCUAGUUGGGCUGAUGAAGUGGAAGAAGUAGAAGGAGGAAAUCUUCCACCUACAGUUGAGAAGAGUGAUGGCAAUAGCAAGACUAUUACAGAGUACUCCUUAAAUGAAGAUGGAAAAAAGGUUAAGGUUACAAGUCACUACCGGAUUGAGAAGCACCGUGUGGCGAGGACCAUUGCUGAAAGGAAGACAUGGCGCAAGUAUGGCCUCAGUAAAAAUGACAAGCCAGGACCAAACCCUGCAACAACCAUCACUGCUGAGGAUGUCUUCAUGCAUUUCUUAAGCAAUAAAGAAGAAGAACAGAAUGAACAAGAGGAUAUUAAGAAGAAAUUGAUAGAUUCUCAGAAAGGACAAGUGAAAUGUCGUCUGUGUAAGGAAGACCAUUGGACCAAGCAGUGCCCUUACAAGGAUAAACUGGAGCCUCUACGUUCAUCACUUCUGGGAGAAGAGAAAGCAGAAGAGGAGCCUCCACAACCAGGUGGUGGACCUCCAGUGGAUAAGAGCAAGAUAGGUGGUGGAACUCAAGGAAAGUAUGUUCCACCAUCCAUGAGGGAUGGUGGCUCCAAGAAGGGAGAGUCCAUGAUGUCAGCCCGGGGAAGAGAUGAAACUGCAACAGUUCGUGUUACCAACCUCUCUGAGAACACUAGAGAACAGGAUCUCCAGGACCUCUUUCGUCCCUUUGGAGACAUCAGCCGUAUUUUCCUCGCCAAGGACAAGAAUACUGGCCAAUCAAAAGGGUUUGCUUUUAUCAACUUUAAGAGGAGGGAAGAUGCUGCUAAGGCUAUCCAAGUUCUCAAUGGCUAUGGGUAUGAUCAUCUGAUUCUCAGUGUAGAAUGGGCCAAGCCAUCUGGUACCCAGUGAGUGUCAUGAAUACAUUAGCAUGAAAGUGUCGCAGUUGCUGCCACAACAUGUAAUAAAGGAUGAAAUAUAGUCCUUGGUAAAUUAA